AUGCAAUUCCCAAACCAACCCAAGAACCCAACUAACAAGUCCACAACACAACAGAACAAACACAUAACCUCCCUAACAACUUACCUCCAAAAAAUCCGUCCCCAAUACCUCUCCCUAACCAAACCCCCGCGUCACAAGCCGUCAUCCCCAAAGUCUGGAGAAGAAGCAGCAGCAGCGUCCCCACUAAGCGACUCCGACCGCGACCAAAUCGACACCUCCACCUCUCUCGUCCUCCACGAUCUAAGCAACUCCAUCUCAACACUAUCCAGCGCCGAGACGCUCCGCCACGAAACGGCGACGAGUAUCCUGCGGAAGAAAUACGGGCGGUCGGUCGCGGGGCGGGUGCUUGCGAAAUGGGCUUCGGGGUCUGGAGCGCUUGGUGAUGGGGAGAGUGAGGAGGGGAAGAGCGAGGAGCAGGUUCGGGAGGAAGAAGGGGUGAGGGUUAUGCAGGUUGUGAGGGGGAGUGUGGUUUGGUUUUUGCGGAGGGGGUUGGAGGAUGUGGUUUCUUUGCAGAGAGGGUUAGUGGAGAGGAGGAUUGAGAGGGUUACUGAGAGGGAGAGGAGUGUGCUUUUUAAGGGGGGGUCUGGAGGGUCGAGUGCUCGUGGUACCGCUGCGGGUGGGGGUACUGGUGGUGUUGGUUCUGGGGGUGGGUUUGCGGUGGAUGAUACGGUGGGUUUGAAGGGUGCUGGGAUGGAUGAGAGUGAGGUUAGGGCUAUUGAGGAGGAGUUGUCGGCGGAGCAGUUGCAGCUCUUCGAGGCGGAGAAUGAUGCCAUGGUUAGGUAUUAUGAGGAUACCUUGAGUAAGGUCCAGAAUGCGGAAAAGUCGCUUUUGGAGAUCUCGUCGUUGCAGCAGACGCUGGUGUCGCAUCUUUCUACGCAGGAGGAGUAUAUUUCUCAACUCGUCACGGAUGCGGAGUCGACGCAGACGAAUAUCGGGCGCGGAAAUAAGGAGUUGAAGAGGGCGAGCGAGCGACGGAGUGCGGCGCAGGCAGUGUUCUGGGGCACGGUUGGGUUGUGUACCUCGUUGAUUGUUUGGGAUCUGAUCUUCUAG